UCCUUCCAGAAUCCAAGGGCCCUCCGCCGAACGCGUUCCGUGGACAUCAUUGAUAUUCACGAAUAGCAAAUAGAUCACAAUGGCGUUUCCAAGUGACUUCUAUUCUAACAUGGGGGCCAUGUUUGACUCCAUGCCUCCUGGCCUCCCACGACCCUCAGAUUUCCCUAGCCCAGAGAAGGCCCGGCGACAGGCACGGGAAUAUUCCACAGCCAUCCUGACCUCCUGGAUCACGUUAAGAAAAAUCCUAGAUAGACAUGAAGCUGUGUUAAGAAAGCGUUGGCUCAAGAAGUCGAGAGAACAGCGGAGAAGGAUCCUCGUUUCUGCUUUCCGCGAUAUUCCUUCAACGCAUCGGCCUGACUACGAUGCGUUUCGGAAGGGUUGCGGACUUGUCUCCAGGGAUGCUUACCUGUGGCCGUAUAUCAACAUAGAGGAUCUGGUUGAGUUCAAAACCUUACUGUUAUUCCUCAAUGCCAGAGGACGUAACCCGCCAUCCAUGUUUGCGCAUUCUGAUUUCGAUGCAAUCCACCUUGGCUUGGUUAGUGGUACGAUUUGUCCGGCAUUUCUCAACGAGUACACCAUGCUUUUUGAGGGCGAGACUGUUAAUACCUAUGGGAGGAUGGUUUCCUGGGAUGAAGACGACGAGGCAUUUGAUCUUAUGUAUUCUGGGAUAGGCGUCCAACCCGGAGAGGGUUUACUGAUCUUGGAAAUCCAGGAUAAAAUCAUGGAGUUCCUAGUUAGCUGUUGCCGUGGAAUCCUCCAAGACAUGGAUCCUACAGCACUGACCGAUCCAAACAUCCCCGCCCAACCGGAACCGCCAGCUAUUGUGAAAGAUGCAACUGAGUGGCCCACUAUGGCCUCUAUCGCUGCAGAGUCUCCUUACCGCGUCCCAGCAAAUAUUGAUUUCGAACAGCUACGGGCAGUGGUUGCAGCAAGACGUUCCGCUGCGGUGCACCAUAUCUGGGCCCUUCGCGAAGAUCCGGGGUAUUUCCAUGAUACCCUGGGAGACUGCUCUGAGCAUCGACAGGAGCCGAUGCUGGAUGAGAAUAAAAAGCCCCACCCACUGUUUGGGACGGACAUGUUUUGGGCUCGCGUCUACGGAUCGGUGAUAAACUCUGCCUAUGAACACCUCGUCGGAUUUGACGCGCUAUACCACCAGAUCGAGAAAUUAGUUGAUUUACGAGAAAGAUACGCCGCGGAAAUUUCUCCAAACGCAGCAUUACCCCGAGAGUAUAUGAAAGAGCUCUUGGUUUUGAAGGAAUGCCUGGAUAUAUUAAGCAAGGGCCCGAUUGAAGACUUGAAAAUGGCUCUCCCCGCGUCUCCACCUAUGCGCUCCUUGUUCGUUCGAGGACAGCAUGCGCCAGGUUCCACAGUCAUUCCGGUGAUGACGAAAAAGGGUGUUGGUACUAAUUAUUUCUUAUGGCUCUUUCAGAUCCUAUGGGAUCCGCAGCAGUUGUUUCUCUGUCGCUUGCCUGAUCUUACCGACGAAAUUGAGAGACUUGUCCAUAGUGACCCAAAGGAGAAGGCAAAAUUCUCACCUGCCGUCACCAGCAUGUUUUCGGAUCUAGGGCUUCUUGCAGGUACUCUUCGUGAAGUGAACACAUAUUUCCCUUGGGCUGCUGGUAUGGACCAGCAAAAGGAGAUGUUGUUUCAGUCAGGAGAAAUAUCCAGGGAAGCAAAGAAUUUUCUUUUACCAAUUAUUGAUGUUUCCAAAUAUUUUAGAGAUCAGGAGCUGGUGAACCUAAAGCUGGAAACGCCGUUUGAUGGGAGAUUCACUUAUCCAUCAGACAAGCGGAGGACACAGCAGCAUGUGGAGGCAAUGCGGACGGCAGAGCAGAAUCUGGACUCGUUCUGGGAAACUAUCGACCAAUAUUACAAACGGAAUACCGGUAGAACUCUCCUAGAAUCUUUCCGCCAUCUUCUUCCUGAUGAUCGCCAAUUGGAGCGGACGCCAGAAUGGGUUCCACCACCAACAAAACCUGCUGUUGACCCUUCGAACGAUAUCUACGAGCCUUUCUCACAGCUAAAUAUUCAAGAUGAGACCAAACUCAGAGCAAAAGGAACAGCAGAUGAAAGGAUCAAAAUCAAAACAAAGGGCACUCCCCACCCCCAACCAGACACUGAACCAAGCAUACCCCAUCACGGCACCCCACGACACAUCCCAGACACCCAGCCAACAUUCCGCAUCAGCAAACGCGCGCUCAAAGUAUUCUCCACCCUCUUCCAUGACCCGUCAAGAGAAGACCAACCGGGCGAGAUCCCAUGGUCCGACUUCCUGCACUCCAUGGUGUCGGCCGGUUUCGGCCCAGCCAAGCUCUACGGCUCCGUGUGGCAGUUUACGCCCACGAAGCUGGACGUCUCGCGGAGUAUACAGUUCCACGAACCGCAUCCGCGGAGCAAGAUCCCGUUUCGGGUUGCUAGGCGGUUUGGGCGUCGGCUAAAUCGUGCGUAUGGGUGGCAUGCGGGGAUGUUUGCGUUGGCGGAGCAGAAUUGAUACAUACAUAUUUAAUCUUUGUGACAAGAUGACAAGUGCGCGUGAUACCCGACUAGAAUGGAUCUACGUUUGAGGGCGGGCUGUUAAAAUAUGCUCUUAGCAGCAAUAAAAAUCAUGUACUGUGCGCAAAAGGGACCCCCUUGGCUAUAUAUAUAUAUGUAUGCAUAUUACACUACUAAAAAAUAGCGGAUUUCAUGUUAUACCGCCUUGCCACACUUGUUAAUCCCUUGCAGUUAACUUCUCCAUCUCUACUAACGAAUUGAGUCCUUCGGAAAACGGACGCAUCGGUUGGAUGGGGACUUUGGAUUCCAGAGGUCUGAGAGUGGGACUGUGGGGGGCUGGCAGGAGAUGGGGUCCGCUGGUCUCAUUCUUGCGUAUACCAUAUAACCAUAGCCUCUUAUGGUUGAAUGUGAAUCAUAUCUGUCAUGAGAACAUUAGCUCCAUCUCCUAACCCAUAAGAGGAGGUCUAGCUAGAGAGGAGUUCAUAAUAAACUGACAAUUCUGAAAUAUUGGAUGUGGACAUGUGUGUGAAGCGUUUAGCUAUACACCGAGCAAUCCUUUAUAUAGCUAUAUAUCUCUAUUCACUCUCAGCGCCAUCUUCAUAGUCAUCGAAUCAAUGAAUAAAAUAUAAUUGUUUUCAAUACAUGUAGGUAUACAGUUCAUGGAGCGCGAAAAAAUGAAAAGAAAAGAAAAAGAAAAACCAAAUCUCAGUCCCUACCUCUCUAAUCAAUCUCAUCUAGUGAAAUUUCCCUAAAUCUAUGUAUAUAGUAUUCUAUAUCUAGCGAUGCAGAUACUGAAUAUGUACCCUGCAUCUUCAGCCUCUCAAUCUAUCUAAUUUUCCACUCAUCUGCGUAUCCCGUG